CAGAGCUUAGGAGCGGAUUUUCUUCCCCCGUCAUCUUCGUCUGGGCGGUCGGUGGUGCGCCGUGCCGUGAUACGCACGGCCAGCAGAAGACGCGCUGAUGCGAGCGGACAUUCUCAUCAGCUGAGUCUAAUUGCUGUGAUUCCUCUUCCAACUGUGUGAUUGGCUGGGUGUGGGAUCAAUUCAUAGGACUGGUGAUAGUUGAGUGAGGAGGAGACCCCGCGCGCGCAGGAGAUAUUUGGGAAGGCAGGAAUAUUAAGACAGGGCGGAAAAAAACGCACGGCGGCAGGUCAAAGUUUGUUUUGCAGUAGUGGAGAUAUUCUUUGCUGCGGACAUCACUCUGCCUCAGAUUGACGCCGUGACGGAAUGACACUUUGAGAGAGGAUGAUGGACACUUUGGCACCAGAGCUCAGAAAUCCUCCCGUUUCCACGCGGCGCGGUGCUGACUGAAGCCCCCAGGACGGUGAUCAGUCACUUAUUUUCAAGUGGCAGCUGGGAUUUCCUCAUCCUUGAUCGUUUUCUCCCCCUCGGUCGCCGAAACGAGAGUGAGAGAAAUGGUGCGCACAGCGAUUCCUCUGAGACUGACGUGCGCACUCAUCACAUUGCCGUUAAGGAGCGCGUCUUAAAGCGGAGAGCCUCUCUCUUCGUUCAUGUUCACUCUGAACUUGUUGAACGGCGUCAGGGAGCAGAGGGAGCGGGAUAAUACUUCAAGAGAUCCGUGUUGCCACACAGGACGCAGACCAUGACUGACAGCCAGGCAAGCUGAGAAGACCUGUCACUCAUCUUCCUAUCAGCGUGUCAGGGGGCUAUCUCCUUUUCACCUUGCCCCCCCGCCCGCCUCUGCCACCUUCUCCUCCACUGUCUCUCUCCCUCCCUCAAUCCUCUCCUCUUAUCUUCUCAAUGGGUUGGUAACCUCAACAUCAUCAUUGUAUCUACUGCUCCGGGGCGAGACGUAGUGAAAACGAACAACACACACUUGUGAACCAACCCUCGCUCCCUGAAGGGACUUUGCUAUGCGUCCUUACUCCAGCUGAGUGAGCUGCAGUAAGACAAAGUAGAAAAAAAGGAUCCCUUGCUCGCACGUCUUCAGGAGUUAUACCUGCUCGAGAAGGAGCUGAAAGAGGACCAGUCAUGCGAUUCCAUUUUGCAUUGACACUGCAGGCGCUGUGGACCGCUGUUUGCCAGGCGGCCAUGCAGCACUACCCUGCAGCGUGGGGCCACUACGACGUAUGCAAGUCCCAGAUUUACACAGACGAAGGCCUAACCUGGGACUACAUGGCCUGCCAGCCUGAGGCGCAAGACAUGACCCAGUACCUGAAAGUUACUUUGGAUCCCCCCAACAUCACAUGUGGGGACCCUCCGGAGACGUACUGCGCUCUGGAGAACCCUUACAUGUGUAAUAAUGAAUGUGAUGCCAGCACUGAGGAGCUUGCCCACCCUCCAGAGCUCAUGUUUGACAUCGAGGGCCGUAACCCUACCACCUUCUGGCAGUCCUCAUCCUGGAAGAAGUACCCGAAGCCCCUCCUGGUCAACAUCACGCUGUCUUGGAACAAGACCAUUGAGCUGACCGAUGACAUUGUUCUUACCUUUGAGUCAGGCCGGCCUGAACAGAUGGUCCUGGAAAAGUCGCUGGAUUACGGACGAACCUGGCAGCCCUACCAGUUCUAUGCCACUGACUGCCUGGACGCCUUCACCAUGGAGCCCAAGACAGUGCAGGAUCUGACCCAGCAUACCCUGCUGGACAUCAUCUGCACCGAGGACUACUCACGAGGUUAUGUGUGGAAGAAUGACAAAACUGUACGCUUUGAGAUCAAGGACCGCUUUGCGCUGUUUGCUGGGCCGAGGCUCCACAACAUGGCCUCUCUUUAUGGCCAGCUGGACACGACCAAGAACCUGAGGGACUUCUUCACCAUCACAGACCUGAGAGUCCGCCUGCUGCGGCCUGCCACAGGAGCAACAAUGGUGGACGAGAACAACCUGUCCAGAUACUUCUAUGCCAUCUCUGACAUCAAAGUGCAGGGCAGGUGCAAGUGCAACCUUCAUGCCAACAGCUGCGUAUAUGACAAAGAGAAGUUGAGCUGCGAGUGUGAGCACAACACCACUGGGCCCGACUGUGGCCGCUGCAAGAGGGCGUACCAGGGGCGAGCGUGGAGCGCUGGCUCCUACCUGCCCAUCCCCAAGGGCACGGCUAAUAUCUGUGUUCCUAAUAACAUUGGUCCUGUUAUUCGGCCGAAUGUGUCAUCCCUAGGUGUCGCUAACCGAAAAGAAGACUGCGAAUGCUUUGGCCACUCCAACCGAUGCAGCUACAUCGAGCUGCUAAACACCGUCAUUUGCGUGAGCUGUAAGCACAACACUAGGGGCCAGCACUGCCAACUGUGCAAGCUGGGCUACUACCGCAAUGCCUCUGCAGAACUGGACGAUGAAAAUGUGUGCAUAGAGUGUAAUUGUAAUCCCUUUGGCUCAGUCAGUGAUCGGUGUAAUGGCACAGGAUUUUGUAUAUGUAAGGAGGGCACUACAGGGCCCAAGUGUCAGCAGUGUCUACCCGGCUAUUUGUGGGACGAUGGCUGCAAAUCCCGGGUGUGUGACAACGAGCUGCUGCGCUGCCAAAAUGGCGGGGCGUGUGUCAACAACGUCCGCUGCACCUGUCCCCCGUCCUACACGGGCGUGCUGUGCGAGAAGGCCCGCUGUGAAAAUGAGCUGGGCGGCUGCAGGGGCCCCGACUCGGGCCAGGCCUCCUUGAUGCCUCCGUCGUUCCUCAGGCUGCUGCUGAUGCUGCUGCUGGGCUCGGUGCUGCUGAGAGAGGCUUCGUGCUGGCCCGCCGUGCUCUAAAGAGACCCAUGACCUGGUGGGAGUGAUACAAUCGCAACACCCCCCCCCCCCUCCCCCUCCGCCUUGACCUGCCCUUCCCCACGUUCAGAUAAUCAACCACCCAUUAAAACAAAGAACAACAACCAUGUGCUUUCUGGACUGUACUGAGCUUCUCCGCCCGCCAGACUCAGUGGAGUCUCGCACUGAUGAAAAGGGAAUGUGCCAGACAAGUGAAGACUUUUCAUUUACUUUCAAAGAUAAUAAUAUAGAAAGGAACAAACAUAUACUUUUCAAAAUGAUAUUAUAAAAAAAAAAAUAUAUAUAUAUAUAUAUAUAUAAAGGGAAACUGAGCGUUUGCCGAUAAAGAAUAAAAUGAGCAAAGAACAGUAAGCCACCCCCCUCUCUUCUCCGUCCCCUCCCCUCUAAGCCAUACCAGGUACUUGAGCUCCUUCCAGUUUGAGAAGGGGAUAACUGAGAUGACAGACUUGUUCACUUACUCUCUUAUUGCCACGGCAACAACAGCUGCGACCAAUCAGCUUCCGCACAAGCCGACUGUGGCCGCCGAUUCCCUCCGGGAUGCUUCUGUGAGUUAAAUGUUGGCCGGACUGACGCCGAAAAACAAAUCUCGGAGAAACUGUCCCUGCAGAACGGCGAAGGCCGGGCUUGUGAAGCGCGACCGUGACACUCGAGCACACCGACGAAACUAAAAGACGCGUUCUUUGCUGUCAGUGCAUUGUGGAGAGAAGGAAAUCUGUGCUGACUGCCACUUUGUGACACACACACACACACAAAAAAAAAACCCUUGCUCUUGCUUCCUGUCUCUCCUUCAAUCUCUAUGUCAUCCUCCCUCCUGUUCAUCCCCUGUGUCCCCCCCCCCCCCACCACGCUGGGUCCCUCGCCAUGCUGCCACUGACCUGUGCUUUCGUGAACGUUGCUCUCUGUAAGCCCUCGUUGGUUGAAAGAUUCUUUUGUCCGAUGUUAGUGAUGCACAUGUGUAAGAAGCCUCCUCUCCCCCCGCCCGUCCUUUCCUUCUCCAAAAAGAUCCUCCCAGAAAAAGGCGUCUGAUUCUUUUUCCACACACUCCCCUGCCAUCGUGGUCGGAGGUUUUCACCUGAGCACAAGAAAAGGUGCACAGAGAAGCGUCAGUGUAUUUGCAAGUUCUUUUCUCCACUGAGCAAACAAAAAAAAAGAGUCAUGUAGUCCUUUUGUAUCUUUGCCGAACUGUGAUUGAAAAAAGGCAACCUUUAAUGUAUCUAUUAAGAAGUCCACAUGCAGAAGCAAUCCUUUACCGCUCUUCUUUUCAUUUCUUUUCCACUUCCUUUACUUAUUUUAUUUCUUCUUCUUUUUUUUUUAGUUGUGCAGUUGAUUUUCCUUUGUAUUGGCAACGGGCUGGCAUCAAAGAAUAUCAGUUUACAUAUACAGUAUAAAUAAAGUGUAAUAAAAUCCCACCAAAGGACAUUAUAAAUGUUUUGUUCUUGCUUUAACACUCGACAGAAUUUAAGUGAAUAAAAGUUUAAAAAUGAAACGGUGUGAAUCGUGUGUGGAUCACAGGUAGGUACAGUACUGUACAUCCCUGAUGUCUGCGUGUGUUAAUAGUUUAAUGUAUAUAUUUAUUUAUUUUUAAAUAAAAAAUGCGACAUUUUUUCA